AUCCUCCUUCCCACCUCCCUUCCCGCUUCCUUCCCUUCCCCAAAUCUCACUCACUUCCCUCCAUAUAAUAGAGACUGUCCCAGUAAACUCCUAUUUCUGCGUCGGCACUCCUCUCGGACUGUCGGUCGGUCGGUCGGUUGCACAGUAGAUACGCUACGGUGUCGUUCCGGUACGAGUCAGCAUACUCGAGUAUCAUACCACUGCUGCACAACCAGCCAGCCAGCCACCCACCGUAUCGGUUGCCCCCUCCCCACUUCGGCCCCUAGGCUUCCCGAACUCAGCCCAGAAUAUCCGUGGUUAACCUUAUAUUAUUGGCCACACCCGCUUUCUCCAUUGUUCUCUUGCUGGCCCCAGUCUGCUUAGUUGUUCCGGAGUUAACGAUACGAUCCACUGAAACACUGCUCUUGCUGAGAAAUGCGGAUUCGGAUCGUCCGGAAUACGUCAAUCUGAACCAGGCUAAAAAAAUAAAUCCGCAUACAUCACACUGCCCUCCCUCCCCACCCCCAUCGCCGACCAAAUGGGCAUGUCAAAGACCACUGUCUCCUUCUUCCUCCCAAUCUUCUUUUCUACACUCGUCAUCUGUGCAAUUGUCCUUUGUACCUGCGCGUACUGCUACAAACCAAGCUAUCUCUUACGCCUUCAAGGAGGAGGGAGAGGCCACGAUCUUGAGAAGGCACCACGGGGACCGAUACUCGGGAUUAGCAGAGUAAGUUUCGAUGCUCCCAUCCUUAUUUUUACCUUUAUUACUCGGCAUCCUCAUGCCUGCCUCAGGAUCCUGGGCCUUAUAUACCUUUCCCUCCUCCCCCCAAUAUCCCCCGAACCCUGCGAGUGGCAUGUCACUAACGGGAACGAACGCGCAGGAAGUAGUGGAAGGUCAUCCGUCGGAACGUCGGGGAACAGCUUUUGCGGGAGUCGCUGACGGCGAAGCUAUCGACGUCUUUGAAGCAGUUCCCGAAGGUGAAGAAAUUGAUAUUAUCGACGCGGACCGACCCUCGGUUUCGUCCUCCGUAGAUUAAACCCAAUAAUAGCAGGUUAAUAUCUAUCGUCGAAGGAUCUCUUUCUUUCUUUCUUUCUUUCUUUUGUUUGAUUCGCAAGUUUGGCCUGGCCUUUUUCUCCAGCCAGUGGGCAGCACAUUGUUUCCCCCUUGUCGUCCUUUUUCGGGUCCUUAUCCCCCUCCCUGAUAGAUACGAAAUGGAGUUGAGUCAGCUUCGGUAGCUAUCCUCUUCUGAAAUGUAUCCUCGGCCACUAACAAUAGCAGGGGCUUUACGAUCGCUAUCACCGUUCUAGCACUGAUUUCAAAUGUCCUCUCUGCUUCUUUAUUCCAACAAUUCUCCAAUAGGCUUCACCGAAGUUCGGACAGCCUUGCUUUUUACAGUUAUUUUGCGACUUUCGUGAGUGCUCUGGGCGUCCUGGGAUCUACCAAGGUAUGAUGCAUUCUUUAUCCCAGCCAUUCCAUUCCGAUCCCUCCAUUUGUUAACUUUUUUUUCGUAGCAACAUGCCUACGCUAUGUCGAUAUUUGCCAACUUCUUUAUCAUAGAUACCGUUGUCUCCGCACUAUCACGGUCUAUCAUACUAUACGUAUUCUCAACCUUCCGAAGCUAUAUCUGCGACGACAACUCGGCAACAGACGGGGGGUUAUUGUCGAUGACGCUACCUCAUGGCACCUUCCACAAGACAUCUUCAGACCAACCAAAUGGGGUUAGUCCCUCAUUAUGGGACGGCAACUGGAGUUGCAUGGAGCUGAUGCGAAUUUCGGUCAUGAUUGGCUGGGUUUCCCUAGUAGCUGCUACCACCAUCCAGGUCUUCUUUGCAAUUCUCGUACGCCAGUAUGCAAGUUCAUUAUUCCCGAAAGGACGUGAUGAUCCUGAAAGAGGGACUGUUUGUUCCGGGGAAUCUCUGAGGGAAAUGGACGGUUUGCUAGUCUACCGGAAUUGUGCCUCCCAGAAGGUCUAUUAGUUAAAGAUGGUAAGAAUUGCCAAGUGGUUACCGGAAGUUGUUAUCCAAGAUGUGUAUAAAGUGUUCCUUGGACGAAGCUACCAUGCCAUGACCGGCACGCUGUGGUGGGAUAAAAAGCAAGGAGAACAGAUGAGCUGCUGGAGGGGGGGAGGUCUUUUGGAUUUACGACAUGGGAUAUCAUUUUGUGGCUUUGGGGCCUUCCUUAUCUCUUCUUUUCUGGGGCACAUCCACGGGUUAUGGUGACACGGAGUUAUCUUUCAUGUGCUAUGUACUGAAUGCUUGCGCGUAGGCGUGCUUGUAUGAGUAUGAUACAAGUAUCUAUAUACUAACGUUUUGCGUAAAUAUAAUGACAUAUCAUUGCAAUUCUCA